AUGGCAGAAGAAGAUGAAGGAAUGGAAGCGUUCGAUUUUGAUGAGCGAGAUCUUGAAUUUGCAUUGAAUCCUGGUCGACGUCAUUACCAAACCAAGAACCAGGCAACAUAUGGUGGGAACCAGUGCAGGCAACGGUUCCGGAAAGGCCGUGCUGCAGUUGGUGCUUAUGGAAAGGAGGCUGUUGGUCCAAAGUUUGGAGAAACUGCUGCCGAAGCGCAACGCCGCCUCAGUGAACAAAAGCAGGAUGCUAAAGUGGACGACCUAUCAACCCCACAGCUGAAAAAUGCUUGGAAGAAAGCCGCCAAGGUAAAGGAGUUGUUUUUCAAGGAAGCGCUUGUCAUCGUCGAAUCUUCCAUGCUCACAUAUGUGAAAAGUAUCACACACGAUGUUCAGGUCAAAACUCGCUAUAAAACCAUAGAUGAGGUCAUCGAAGAAGGAGGGUCAAUUGGAUUUCGAUCAUCUGUCAAAACCGGUGUGAAAGUAAUCGACAUGACAGGUCCAGAGCAGCGUGUAUAUAGUGGAUAUGACUCAUUUUCUAUGAAAAGCAGAGCCAGUUUCAACGAUAUAAGUGACCGCGAUGUGUUCGAUGUUCCCGAAUUGAUGCAUAAUCUGAAUCUUCUGGUUGAUCUCACGGAAGAAAAUAUUCGAAGAAAUGACAGUCAACUGAAAUCGAUUAAGGAUCGAACUACUGCGCUGGGAUAUGAUCUUGAGCAAGCCAAGCUCAUUCUGGAAAGUGAAUCAAAGGAGUACGAGAGAAUCAAGGAAGUUUUCGAUUUGAUAGAAAAGUAG